CUUACGUUUGCUCCAAAACAUUAACCGAGGGGGCCACGAAACGGCAAAAAUUAUGCAUUGGCAUUUUUUGCUUUCGCAUUUUUUGACUUAAUCAUUGUUGUUGCUUUUAUUUUUCUGUCAUUCUGUUGCUGUAUAAAAAUUGAAUUUUGCCCGGCAGCAGAAAAACGCACGUAAUCUCGUUCGGGAGCCACGGAAGCUGUCAAAGGCGGCACCGUUGUCGUCAUCAACAAUUGAGUAACUCUGUGUAAUAGUCAUACUGCAAGCGGCAUACAAAACAACACAACAAAAACCACUUAGCUAAAUUGGACAUACGCUUACUAUUGGAAUGCGAGUCAAGUAUCAACGCCUAAAAACAAACGAAACUAAGCUGCAACAAUGUCAGUAAAUUAAGCUAAUCUCAAUUUUAAGAAGCGAAACAAAGUCAUUGAGUUUUGUAAGCAGUCAAUGCACUGCCGAACUCCAAUUGGAACAAAGCGAAGUUGAAGUGUAAAGGAAAGUGAGCUGUUAUAAAUAAAUAUUGAAGCAAUAGAGCACAGCGCAAUAAGAUGGGUGCUAUAUUGGCCAAGUUCAGGAAAGAAAAGUCCACCGCAGAGGUACUCGAGGGACUGGAGGAGAAAAUCACACAAAUAGAAAAAUAUACAUUGAAUACACAGGAGCAAAAACGACGCAUUGUAGGCAAUUUUCUUGCUACAUCAAUUGGCAUUUAUGUGAUCGCAUUUAUUGUUUUUUACUUUGUAUACUUUCCGCCGACAUGGCGAGAGCGAAUCGUUUACUCAGUGCCAUUACUUUUGUUCCCAUUUGUUAUCAUACUCCUGCGACGUUUAUUUACGUGGUACUUCGAGCGAAAGUUGAAUAAAAACUCCAAUAAGCUGACAGCGUUGCAUACCGAAAAAAAGAAAAUAUUAGAGCAGGUCAUGGAUAAGGAGACUUACAAGGUCGCAGUAAAACUCCUAGCCAAGUAUGGCGACAAAACUAAUGGUCAGAGGCCAUUCCUUGGUAAAGAAUUUUGUACUUCGCAUUUGUAUAAAUCUUUAUUUAAUUCCAUAUUAUUCAUUGUAGCUUUGACUCCACGUCCACCGGCAGUCAGUAACUUGAGCGCAGCAUCGCAACGUCUUACCAUUGGACAAUCGCCAAAUGCGCCUGCUACCACAAGUAGCCUACAAGAUCUGCGAUUGCGUCCAACCUUGAGUACCACAUCGCUUUCGGCUACACCACGUCAGCUCUCCAGUCUACGCGGUUCACCAGUUGCAUCGUUAGCCGGUACACAGUCGCUAUUGCCACGUGCACCCCUACCAAUUACACCGCAAAGACGACCGAUUGGACAGGAAUUGCGCAAACGCACACCGUUCCCGAUUGUCAAUCAGCAAGGAAAAGGUGUUUUGGAACGUAUAGUUGAUGUACUUAUUGGCGAUGGUCCAAAGGACCGUUUUGCUAUGAUUUGCAAAGAGUGUUUUGCGCAUAACGGUAUGGCACUCAAAGAAGACUUUGAUUACGCCACAUUUCGUUGCGCUUUUUGUAAUGCGCUGAAUCCAGCACGUAAAGCACGCCCCAUUGCACCGCGUCUGCCGGAGCAGCAUUUCUCACCGCUGAAGCGUGACUCAAGCUCAUCGUCGACACCGACGGACGUUGACUCGGAAAAUGACGAGCCCGUCGGCGCAACACCAACACCAUUAACAGCAACAACACCACGCAUACAAUUAACCGAAGCCAUCAAUACACCUGUAAAAGCAGCAGAAGCCAGCGCUUUUGAAGAUGCAACUGUUGGUAGUGUGCGUCGUCAAGCGGAAAUUGGCGCAGGCGAUGGCCCUGAUGUAACAGCAGGUGAAGUUGUCGCUGAUGCGGCUGGUGUGGAGAAGAUGGAAAUCGAGCAUGGUGACGACCAAGAAAACGAAGCACUAGCAGCUGAAGUUGUUGCUAAUUUGCAGGCGCUACAGGCCGCUGAAGCCAACGAGAUGAGUAGACUGCAAGAGCGUUUCGCCCAAAUGUAUGCAACAACUGACACAGAACAGCAGGAGCAACAGUCCGUUGGCGCAGCUGAAGCCGACGAAAAUGCCGAAGAAGCGCGGGAGCCAGCGGAGGAGCUUGAUGAAUUCAAGAAAUUGAAAUAACACUAGAUACAGUUACACGUUAGUGGCUGCGUAUGGCCAUGGAGGCAUGGAGCAGGUGGUAGAAUGUCGGUUAAGGCUCGCCUUUAUUUUGCGCCGUUCGCUUGUGCGGCGUAAACGUUUACUCAUUACGCUUGGAGUCUUGUUAAAUAUUUAUAAAAACGAUAACAAAAACAA